UAAAGUAGAGUGAUGGAGCCUCAGAGGUCAGAGGCGACAGGCAUCCCAGCAUCCUUGCUGAUUGGCGAAGAGAUGACGGCCAUCUUGGAUUGUAGCGGGGAAGAAAGAUUGAUGCGGUGACACGCGGUAUGUUUGGUGCUAACCGGAAGAAGUUUAUGGAGGGAGGGGUAGAGAGCGACUACGCGGACGACUCCAGCCUCUACUACACCCAGCAGUCCAUGUUCCCUCCACACCGCCCUGACAAAGAUAUGCUGACGUCUUCCUCUGCUUCCUCAACGGGUCAACUGUCACAGCUGGGAGCCAGUUUAUAUGGCCCACAGAGUGCUUUGGGGUUCCCCAUGCGAGGGAUGAACAGCAGCACAGCGCCUCAGUUAAGUCGAAGUGGGUUGAACCAAUCUGCCAACCAGCUCCCCAGUCAUGCCAGUACAGCCAACACUGGCACGAUGCACACGCCUCCCUCACCGAGCAGGGGGAUUCUGCCAAUGAGCACCCGGAGCGUGCUGAACCACAGCCAGCAGGUGGGGGGGCCGACGGGUGGGAUGGGGGGGGUGGGAGUGGAGCGGGGAGGAGGUGUAGGGGGAGGGAGGAGCAGCGGCAUGGGGAGCCCCAGCCGGUCGUCACCCAGCAUCAUCGGCAUGCCCAAACAGCAGCAAGCGCGGCAGCCUUUCACCAUCAACAGCAUGUCAGGUUUUGGUGUGAACAGGAAUCCAGGCUACAACAUGAACAACUCCUUAUCCAACAACAUCUUUAACGGCACAGACGGCAGUGAGAAUGUGACGGGGUUGGACCUGUCGGACUUCCCAGCGUUAGCAGACAGGAGUCGGAGGGACGGAGGCUCGAAUCCCACCCCACUGCUCAACCCGCUGGCCGGUCGGGCCCCUUACGUUGGCAUGGUAACCAAGCCGUCCAGCGAGCAGUCGCAGGACUUCUCCAUCCACAACGAAGACUUCCCGGCGCUCCCCGGACCGAACUACCAAACGAAAGACUCCACCGGCACCAACGAAGACAGCAAAACGAAUCUGAACUCGUCGGGGAAGCCCGCCUCCUCGAGCUCCGACGGUCCCAAGUUCCCCGGCGACAAGAGCUCCGCCCCCAGCAACAACAACCAGCAGAAGAAGGGGAUCCAGGUGCUUCCUGACGGGCGCGUGACCAACAUCCCCAUCGGCAUGGUAACGGACCAGUUCGGGAUGAUCGGCCUGCUGACGUUCAUCCGGGCGGCGGAGACCGACCCCGGCAUGGUGCACCUGGCGCUGGGCUCCGACCUCACCACGCUGGGCCUCAACCUCAACUCGCCCGAGAAUCUCUACCCGAAGUUUGCGUCUCCGUGGGCGUCGGCUCCGUGUCGACCGCAGGACAUCGACUUCCACGUGCCGUCUGAGUAUUUAACCAACAUCCACAUCAGAGACAAGUUAGCCGCCAUCAAGCUGUCUCGGUAUGGUGAAGAUCUGCUGUUUUAUCUUUACUACAUGAACGGAGGAGACCUACUACAACUGCUGGCUGCGGUAGAACUGUUUAACAGGGACUGGAGGUACCAUAAAGAGGAGCGGGUCUGGAUCACCAGGGCUCCGGGCAUGGAGCCCACGCUGAAGACCAACGCCUACGAGAGGGGGACCUACUACUUCUUCGACUGCCUCAACUGGAGGAAGGUGGCGAAGGAGUUUCAUCUGGAGUACGAGAAACUAGAAGAGCGACCUCACGUUCCCUCCACGUUCAACUACAAUCCUGCCCAGCAGGCCUUCUGAUUGGCUCUACCUCCUCCUGCCUGCCUGCCAUUGGCCCUCCUGGCUCAUCAAUCAUCACCCCCCGCCCCCCUCCCCCUCCUUCCUCACCCUGUGGGUUCAUCCACACACUCAAAGCGAAUCUGGCCAAUAAGGACUCGGGACGGGAGAGGACGUCCCGCCUCCUGCUCUCCUAAAAAAAAAAAAACUUAAGAAAAAGAUUCCGAAUAGACUUUUUUGAUUUUUAACUUUUUCAGAUUGUUUUAUUUUUUGUUUUGUUUGUCCUUUACCUCACGUUCUGUUCAGUUUAUUUUUAUUUCCCACCCUCCUCACACCGUUCAACACGAGCACUGUAAAUAACGUCCAUCUGAUCGAGUGAUUCUUGUUUCUAUCCAGUCUUAAGAUUUUGACUAUUUUUGUCUACAGAAGCUUUUAAGAAGAACCAGAUUUUAAACACGGACUUCGAUCACCUGUCAGGUGGAUAAUUAUUUCACACUGUGCCGCACAUUGGCAGGAAAAUUUUUAUCUUUAUUUUUACCAGUUUUUUUUUUUUUUUUUUUUUUUUUUUCAACAAGCGUUACAAAUCAACAACACAAACAAACACACACAUCAGCAGAGUCAGGAGAGAAAAUGCAAUGUACAUUGUAGCACUAUUUCAUAAUAAAAGAAGAAAAAAUA